CAACUUUUCUUUCUUUUGUCAAAUUCAUGAAAAACGAAAUUCGUUCGUUCUACAUUGUUGUUUGUGCUUGAAUCUACUUUCUCAUUUUGGUAGAAAGUAUCCUUUUUUCGGUUUUAGCUUAUCCUUGGUAAAUGUCUCGACGUAAUUUCGUCAAUACUUGAAUUUUUCGAUUGUGAUAAUUCUUAUAAUGGAGCAAGUAAAAAUUUCACGGAAAGACUUACAACAGCAAAAAGAAGAGCCAGAAGUAGAGGAAUCAUCAGAGGCUGCUAGCAAAUUACUAUCGCAAAGGCUUUCAAGUGUUUUUGAUUUUGCGGUCGAGCCUCGAGCUGUAGAAGAGAGUCCUUCUGCCAAUACUCUGGAAAAUGUAGAAAGCAAUUUAUCUGAAGCAAAGUCAGAAAACGAGGACGAGAACGUUGCUUUUAAUCUGUUUUCCGAUAUUAAUACCAUAUCCUUGAACGAUAAGGAAGUUAUUGUCAACCAGGGUAGACCGGUUGAAUAUUAUAUAUUGCAAGACUCAUCUGAGCGACAAGCUCGCCUACAUGCUAGUGUUUUUACAUUUGAGCAACUUAUGAAGGCUAAAGACGAGUCAUGGCCUGGAUGCCAAAAGCCUCAUAAGGUUGUAAAUAUUAAGAUCGAUGAUGAAAAAAAGAACCGUCGGUGGAGACCGAGUAAGAAAAGGAGAAUACGAAUGAAAAUUUUAAAAGAGAAAGAAAAGCAGGACAAAUUGAGGAAAACGGCAUUUCAAAAGAAAGGGUUUUCGACGAAAAAAUUCAAUUCUCGACCAAAUCCUAAUUGGCAACGGAAACGCAAGUUUUAAAUUAUUACCAUUUGAUAGCUGGACUUGGUAGUUAAAUAUAAUUAGGCAUACGCUAAUGCUCAUCAUAAAAAGGACAUAAUUACAAAAUAAAAGAAUCACUCAUUAAUUGCUUGUGUUUCCAUAAUUAAGGGGCUUUUUGCUCAGAAGGUUUCGUAAUAAAGGCGUUACAAAGGGAAGGGUCUUCGAAGGCUCUUGAUUGUUUUCUCUCUCUUCGUGCCUUUUGCGGUCUAUCAAUGAAACCGUUUGGUUGAACCGAUAGAAACACUGUUCAGCGCAAACCAAUGUUGGCUCCAAGGCAAUUUUUCCUGAGAGUUCAUUAAAGUACUUCAAUACCUCGUCGAAUGCAUGCGUCUGAUUUAGCAAGACUUCACGGUGUCUUUCAGCAAUAGCAUAAGCAAAAAAAAUAUGAUAAUCAUAAGAAAG